UGUGAACAGCUUUUGUCACAAGUGAAAAAGAAGAAAAAAAAACAGUCCUUUUCAGAUUUUCCUCCCCCCGUCCUCCUCCCUCCCUCCCUCUCUCCCUCCUCCUCCUCCUCAGCAUCAAGUGCAGCCUGCAGCGCAGCGUCCCGGCUGCGACUUUCUCUCAGCCUCUUUGAAGAAGUAAUGAGGAGAAGGGAGAAGGGAGAGCCGCCGUCGUCGCCCUGCUGAGACCGGGACGUGUGGGAUGCAGUGAAUUCUCUGGCGGGAUCAUAUUUUUGUGCGUGUGUGUGUGUGUGUGUGUGUGUGUGUGUGUAUCUACAGGGGAAACAAACAAACACACUGCGGAGUUUUGACAUAUCCAUCCAUCGGAUGCAAGCAGAGCCAGGCCCGACUUAACAAUGGGCCCCAUACCCCUGUGCGUCCUGCUCCCGGUUGUGCUGGCUGUGACUGUGGCUGCAGCUGCUGAGGAGAACGCAGUUGACGAUGAGUACACCUGGCCACAGUGGAAGGUGCCUCUGGUAAGAAAGAGACGUACCGUGCAUCUCAGCAGCCCCGACUUCUCAGCCCAUCCACAAACAGAGAUCAGCGGGACCUGUGGGAUCGAAUGUCAACGUCGCCUUCCCACACCGUCCCUGGACGACCUGGAGCAGCUGCUGUCCUACGAGACGGUCUACGAAAAUGGCACACGCACGUAUACCUCAGUGUCUGUGCAAGGCCUCAAUGAGGUGACAGCCUUGUCCAGAAAUUCCUCGACUAGGUCGCGCCGCAAGCGGGAGGUGUAUGGCACGGACACCCGCUUCACCAUCUCCGACAAGCAGUUCUCUACCAAAUAUCCCUUCUCCACCACUGUGAAGAUCUCCACGGGAUGUUCCGGGGUUCUGGUGUCGCCUAAACACGUGCUGACGGCCGCCCACUGCAUCCACGAUGGGAAGGAUUAUCUGAAUGGAGCACAGAAGCUCCGCGUUGGCAUUCUGAAGGAAAAGUCCAGGCGGGGCAAAGGAGGCAAAGGGAAAGGAGGGCGAGGGAAGGGCAAAAGGAGAAAGGGAGACAAAGGUAAAGAAGACGAUGAGGAGAAGGAAGACCAAGGUGGGAAAGGGGAAAAUAAAGGAAAAGGGAAAGGGAGGAAGAGCCGGAGUAGGCGAAGUGCGGAAUCGGAGAAACCUUCAUUUAGGUGGACCAGGGUCAAGCAGACCCAGAUUCCCAAGGGCUGGUUCAAAGGUGUGGCUGACGGACUGGCUGCAGACUAUGACUACGCUGUUCUAGAGCUGAAGAAAGCCCCGAAAGUCAAAUUCAUGGAUCUGGGCGUCAUCCCCUCGGUCAAGAAGCUCCCUGCUGGUAGGAUCCACUUCUCUGGCUUCGACGAUGACCGGCCCGGCAACCUGAUCUACCGGUUCUGCUCCGUGUCCGAGGAGUCCAGCGAUUUACUCUACCAGUACUGCGAUGCCAAACCGGGCUCCAGUGGCUCCGGAGUCUACAUCCGCCUCAAGGAGCCGGGCAAGAAGAAGUGGAAGAGGAAGAUCAUCGGGAUUUUCUCCGGUCACCAGUGGGUGGAUGUGAACGGCAACGGGAAUCAACAGGAUUACAAUGUGGCAGUGAGGAUAACGCCCAUGAAGUACGCUCAGAUCUGCUACUGGGUCCACGGGGACUCAAGUGAGUGCCAGGUAGCCUAAGAUAACACAGGACCCCCCCCCCCCACACUCCUGACCCUCACACCACCUCUAUACAAGGGACACCUUACCUUCUCCAAUCCCCCAAACCUCCUAUCACCAACCAGGGGCCCUGACGACUGCCUCUUCUUUUCCUGCCUUCCUGUUACACCACCUGUGCCUCCCAGCAACACCUCCUCCACUGAUCUGCACACACACACACACACACAAACACACACACACACACACACACACACACACACAUCAGUGUUGAUAACAAGUCGUCAACGCUUCAAGAGAACUGUGGCUCUUCAGCUUUUUCUAAUUUAUUUGCUAAAAAAAAAAAACAACCGAGAAAAAAAUGUGUAUUGUAUUAUUUUGUUUUUUACAGGUCGUUCCGAUCUGCAGUUUUGCUUUCUCUGAAAAAAAGUAAUAAAAAAAGAUUUGACCAUUUUGGAUGCAAUGUUGGAAAGUGUGUACAUUCACACGUCUGUGUGAAGCCCAGUUCCAUCCGUCAUAUAUUCCAACCAGGCUUUGUACGGAAGACGUUCACUGUCAAGAGUUCUCCACCACUGUAAAGGAGUUUGUGCGCAUUGGCUUUGACAAAAGACCCAGGAAAAAUAGAUGUUAACUUUUGUUUUAUAAAUGAACUAUAUAGAGAUAUUGAGAUGACUGUGUUUUAUAAACAAUUUGAUGUAAUGAGCUGGUGUUUUGCAUUGUGUAUACCUAGUUUUUCUACAGCUACCUUUUUAAAUAAGACUUAUUUGUCUGUCAAAAUAGAGAAAGGGUCCUUUUUUUGAUUUCGCAAUCUCAUCAUCUUUUUUUCUGUUCUUGCAACGCAGUGAAGUGUGGUUUCAUUGUUGUGCACAUAAUUAUAUCGGUGCUUAUCCAGAAGACGUGGUGCUAAUUUAUGGAAUUGUAAACUUUUUUUUUUUUUUUUAAAGGGGCAAGUGGGUGGGGGCGGGGUCUCAGAAUAUAUUUUGAUAGCCUAGUACUGUAACUAUGUAUUUAAUGUGAGGCUACGUAUUUUUGGGUUGUGUUACGAUGGGACUGAACCAUUUAACGAUUUCUACUUGAGCUGUUUAGAUUUCUGUUAUUCUUAAGGGUUAAAUACAAUUUACAAGAGCAACGUUGUCAUGUGAUAACAAAUCUAAAUCUGGGAUGAUGUGAUAUUUUUCAUGUAGCUUAUGUUCCAAAAAAAUUCAUACGAGUAUCCUGUUGAAUACCAAAUACCGGACAUUAACGAUGCAGAUUGAAGACUACCAUCCAUUAAACCAAGAUUACUA